AUGGCCGCGACUCGUCUGCUCCCGCUUCUCCUCCUGCUCCUCGUCUCCCACGCCGUCCUCUCGUCAGCCGCACCCCGCCUGCCAAAACGAAUCUCUUUGACCGUUCAAGCCCACGCGCAGCGCCUUCGAGCGCGAGCCGCGGCUUUGAGCUCGAACUCCCAGGGCCUCCUCAGUCAGUUCCGCGGCGCCGCAACCCCCGCCGCAACCGGCGGGCCCAUUAAGUACUGGGGAGGUCCCAUUGUCGCAGGAAACCCGACGGUGAAUAUCUACCAUAUCUACUACGGCAGCUGGCCGACGGGCUCCGGACAGGAUUACAUCGACAACUUCGUUAGGUCUUUAAGUAGCGACUCGGGCGCGCAGGGCUCGGCGAGCGACCCGACGGUGAAGGGGUGGUGGGCGAUCUCGUCGAAUUACUAUCAGACGAGCAGCGGCGCGAAGAAGAACGUGAGCUCCAAGGUGCGGCUCGCCGGAACGACGUACGACAACUACUCGUACGGCAAGGCGCUCACCGACAACUACGUUCUCUCCAUCGUCAAGAGCAAAAUCGGAUCUGGCAAGGCCUUCGCGUACGACCCCCACGGAAUCUACGUGCUUCUAACGAGCAAGGACGUGACUCUUUCGUCAGGCUUCUGCAGCCAAUACUGCGGAUGGCACACGGCCGGCUAUAUCAGUUCAUCCCCAUUCUACUACGCGUUCGUGGGUCACCACGGCCAGUGCCCCAACUCGUGCGGCGUAAAGAGCGCCUCCCCAAAUGGCAACCCCGCUAUAGACGCCACCAUUUCAACUCUCGCGCACGAAAUUUCUGAAGCUGCUACGGACCCCGAUGUGCGGUCUGGCUGGUUCGACUCGAACGGGGAGGAGAACGCGGAUCUGACAGGUACACGUGCUCCGCGCCCCUGCACUCUGCGCUCUGCCCCCUGCGCUCUGCGUUCUUCCCCCGACGUUCUGCCCCCUGCGCUCUGCCCCCUGCGCUCUGCGUUCUGCCCCCUGCGCUCUGCGUUCUGCCCCCUCCGCUCUGCGUUCUGCCCCCUGCGCUCUGCCCCCUCCGCUCUGCGCUAUGCGCCCUGCGCUCAGCGCCCUAUGCUCUGCGCCUUAUGCUCUGCGCCCUAUGCUCUGCGCCCUAAGCUCUGCGCCCUAUGCUCUGCGCCCUAUGCUCUGCGCCCUAUGCUCUGCGCCCUAUGCACUGCGCCCUAUGCUCUGCGCCCUAUGCUCUGCGCCCUAUGCUCUGCGCCCUAUGCUCUGCGCCCUAUGCACUGCGCCCUAUGCACUGCGCCCUAUGCUCUGCGCCCUAUGCUCUGCGCCCUAUGCUCUGGUCCCUAUUCCCCUUCUCGCCAAACCUCCACCUGCCCCCGCCCCUUUCCAAACCCUACCCCUCAUGGUUGUCCCCUUCCUCCCUUUCCCCCACCCGUUUUCUUCCUCCCGCAUGAGGCAGGGAGGGAGGGCAGGAGAAAGGAAUUCGAGGGGGGAGUGUCGUCCACUGCUGCAUGUCUCAACCUCUCAUGGGGGGUGGCGUGCAACAUAGCGGAGUGCAUGGCAGCACUCUUCGCCGUGCCCUUCCUCAUCUCCGCUGUGGGGGAUGGCGCUGCUGCAGGCAGGUCGCACUGCUGCAGGCAGGUCGCACUGCUGCAGGCAGGUCGCACUGCUGCAGGCAGGUCGCACUGCUGCAGGCAGGUCGCACUGCUGCAGGCAGGUCGCACUGCUGCAGGCAGGUCGCACUGCUGCAGGCAGGUCGCACUGCUGCAAGCAGGUCGCACUGCUGCAGGCAGGCAUAUCAUUCCUGGAUCCUCUUUGCUCUGUUUCACAUCUCUUCCUGACCACUUUUCCCUGUUUCCCCCACCUCCUUACCUAAUUUCCCAUAUCUCCCCUAUCCCCUUUCCACUCUCCCCUCCUACCCCUUACGUGCUCCUGCUACCUCAACUGACAUGCUUCCCCUUUCCCUUCCCCCCUGCUUCCCUCUUCCCCCUCUUUCAUAUCUCCCAUUGA